AUGAGCUGCCCUGUGCUGCUGCCGCUGGUUGCAGCUUGCUCUGAAACAGAUGAAAACAGCUCGCCGUGGGCUAGAGCUUCAGAGGAGCACAUGGUGCCUGUGUUCACACGUGUUGAAGAAAGGGGGCAGCCACAAGGACACGUAUGGGAUGCUGUAGAUAAAGGCAGCUGCUUAAAAACAUUCUCCUGUCACUCCUGUGCUGUUCGAGCUGCCCGGUGGUCGUCUUGUGGAAGAAGGAUCCUCAGUGGGGGCUUUGAUUCUGUGCUGCAUUUAACAGAUGUAGAAACAGGGAAGCAGAUAUUUAGCAGUAAAAAUGAAUUUAGGAUCAGUGCACUGAAGUUCCACCCUACAGAGUCAAAUAUUUUCAUUUGUGGAGGGUUCAGCCCGGAAGUUAAAACCUGGGAUAUAAGGACUUCAAAGGUAUUAAGAGUGUAUAAAGCUGCAGUACAACAGACAUUGGAUAUACUCUUUCUCCCUGAAGGAAGAGAAUUUCUUACAAGCACAGAUGCAGUAAGCCGGGACUCAGCUGAUCGCACCAUUAUUGCAUGGGACUUCCAAAGUGGUGCGAAAAUCUCCAAUCAGAUUUUUCAUGAGCGUUACACUUGCCCAAGCCUGACUCUGCACCCAAAAGAAUCUGUGUUUGUUGCUCAGACGAAUGGCAACUACAUGGCUUUGUUUUCUGCCCAGCGACCUUACCGAAUCAACAAAAAGAAAAGAUACGAAGGACAUAAGGUGGAAGGAUUUGCAGUGGGCUGUGAAUUUUCUCCAGAUGGAACACUUUUGGUGACAGGAAGUUCAGAUGGCAAGGUGUUUUUCUACAACUAUCAUACUGCUAGGAUUGUUCGCACUUUGUCUGCACAUAAAGAAGCUUGUGUGAGUGCAAUAUUUCACCCAGUCUUGCCGUCGCUCCUUGCAACAUGUGACUGGAUUGGAGAAAUCAAGAUCUGGCAAUAA